GAGUGUGGAGUGUGGAUAUUUUAACGGUCAACCGUGGCGUUAAAGUAGUGUUGCUGAGAGCACAAAAGUCGUUGGAAGAUGUAACUGAAAAGUGAAAGGCAUUCCCAAAACACCCUCUCACAUUCAAAAAUAUGAGACAACACACAACCUCGCUUUUCAUUUUCAUGGCUGAGAGCCUCACUCGUUGCACUUGAGGCCAUCCCACCAUCCCAAACACAACAUCACUUCCACUUUUUUUUCUUUCUUCUUCUUAUUUCCUCUCAAAAAUUAACAAAAAAACUAAAACAUGUCCCAGUUCGCCCGCAUGCACACCCACUCCCCCGCCAUCCGCCGCCGCUUUCACCACCGCGUUUCCCUCCUCCGCCGCUGCAUCCUCCGCGUCCUCCACCGCAUCCUCCUCUGCUCCGGGAGAAAGGCCGCCAACACCACCUACAGCAUGCUCCCACCGGCAUUGCCCUCUCCCUCGCCGCCGCCGCCGCCGCCGGACUUCGACGGCGAGCCUCGCCGUGAAGAGGUGGAGCCCGCCUCUCCGACGGUGUUCCACACCCAUGACUUGGAAUCUGAUUUGGUUUCCUUGAAGAUCAGCUUGUUGGGUGACUGCCAAAUUGGAAAAACCAGUUUUUUGGUGAAAUAUGUUGGGGAUGAGAAAGAGCAGAACCAGAGCGAGGGGCUAAAUCAGAUGGACAAAACAUUGGUUGUUAGAGGGGCACGUAUAUCGUAUCGUAUCUGGGAAGUACAAGGCGAUGAAAAAUCAGAAGACCAAAUUCCAACGGCUUGUAAGGACUCCGUGGCAAUUUUGAUUAUGUUUGAUCUAACAAGUCGAUGCACAUUAAACAGUGUCCUAGGAUGGUACAAAGAAGCAAGAAAAUGGAACCAGACGGCGAUUCCAGUGUUGAUAGGAACCAAAUUUGAUGAUUUCAUUCAGCUCCCUAUUGAUUUGCAAUGGACCAUCGCCAGUCAGGCAAGAACAUAUGCAAAGGCCAUCAAUGCCACGUUGUUCUUUUCCAGUGCAACAUACAACAUCAACGUGAAUAAGAUCUUCAAGUUCAUUACUGCCAAACUAUUCGACCUACCAUGGACAGUAGAAAGGAAUCUAAAUGUUGGGGAACCCAUCAUUGACUUCUGAAAAUUGUACAUUACAUAGAGUUUUGAAGUUGUAUGAUCAAACGUCAACCGGUGCCAUCUGGUGGUGUCAUGAGUUAAUAUCUCUCACUCUAGGGGCAAUCGAGUUGUUAGGUUUAGACAUGUCAAAUUGUCAAUUCCUGUGGAAAUUACAAGACUCUUCAAUCAAUAUCAUCACCAAACAAUAAGGUUUUUCAAGGAGAGGAAUAAAGGGCAAGUGAGAAAUAAGAGAAAUGAAAACAAAGGAGAGGACUAAGGUUUGUUUAAGCAUAACAAGAGAAGGGGGCAAAUGCAUUAUUGUUUAUUGAGUUUAAAUUAGUCAAUGGUUGGUGCUCUUAUCUUGCUCUUAAGGAAUUGUCCUGUGAGUUACUGUCAAAAGAACAUAGACAAUGAGAUAAGGAAGCUAUAGAAUCUCCUUUUGUUUCCUUUUUAUUUCUCACCCAGUUUUGAAGUUCUGGUAAUGCAAAGCUUCUUCUGAAUAAAUCUAUCAUUUCGUAUGGUUCUCGCU